ACUCCAUUUUAUUUAAUAUUUUCAUUAUUAAAAAAAAUAAAUAAUAAAGAUGCAAAAUAACGAAAAUAUAAAUGAAUGGAUUAUUUGGAUUGAAGAAGCUAUUAAUAAAAAACAUAUUAAAUAUUAUGAAUUUGAAAAUUUUAAAAAUAUUCAGGAAAUUGGUUCCGGAACAUUCGGAAAGGUUUUUCGUGCAAAUUGGAAAAAUUUUGAUCAUUAUUUAGCGUUGAAAUCUUUUUUUAAUCUUAACAGCAUUACCUUAAAAGAAAUUGUUAAUGAGCUUAAAUUUCAACGAGAUGUAUAUUUUCAUAAUAAUAUUAUUCGCUUUUAUGGAAUCACAAAACUUGAGUCAAGUACUGAAAAUAUAUUUAAUCCAACAAAAGGUUAUUUGUUGGUAGUAGAAUACACUGACAGUGGCACUCUUCGUGAAUAUUUGAAAAAUAACUUCCAUAGAUUUACUUGGAAUGAUAAAUACAACUUGGCAUACCAAUUGGCUUGUUCUGUACUAUGUCUGCAUGAAGAAGGAAUUGUUCACCGGGAUUUGCAUUCUAGUAAUGUGCUGAUUCAUCAGGGUUCAAUUAAGUUGGCGGACUUUGGAUUAUCAAAAAGGAUUAAUGAUGCAUCUAAAUCACAAUCAAAAUUACUUGGUAUGAUUCCCUAUAUUGAUCCAAAAAAAUUGGUGGAUAACAAUUUAAGAUCAAAUGAGAAGUGCGAUGAAUAUGAUUUUAGUUUAAUGUAUAAAAUUUCACAAGGUCGGAGGGAAAUAACUGUUCCAAAUACUCCUAAUGAUUAUUCUAAUCUUUAUACUGAAUGUUGGAAUAAUGAACCAAGUAAACGGCCAUCUAUACAUGAAGUUGUUAAUAGAUUAAGAACUUCAAACCGCAUAACAAUUUAUCAACAGAAUGAUAUAUCUGAUAAAACUAGUCCUAUGCCAAAUGAAAAUAAAACUCCAAUUAGAGAAUUAUCUAAUAUAGAUACUACAAGUGAAAUAGAUAGGAUGUCUACAAAUGAACAAAAUAAACAACUUGUUGAAAAUUUGGAAAAUUCUCUGGGUGAAAAUGAAAAUCUUCGGGAAAAAUUACAAAUUUUACAAAAGGGAAAUACAGAACUUAUUGAACUAAAUAAAACGCUUCGAUCUCAAUUAGAUGAAACUACGGCACAAUUAGAAUGUGCAAGACCAUCAGUAUAUCAAGGAAACAAGGAUAUUGAUGCUGUAAUGGAAAACGACAAAAAGGACUGUUCUUAUGUGAUCAAUUCUCAUUAUAAUGAAAGUAUCUCAGUCUCUCAGAUGGGUGGGUGAUGCUUAAAUCUCUCCUUUGUUCCAAAAAAAGGAAUUUUUUAUGCCGAUCAUUUAAUUCUGGCCAGAAUUAAAUAUGUCUCAUUAUUUGACGAAAAACACCAGAAAAAAAGUUGUCAAAUAAGUCAAAAAUGACAUUAGAAAUACAUAUACUAUGCAUUUUUUUCAAAUUUCUAUUACAGAAUGCAAGAUUUAAGUAUUAUACAGGGGGACAUGAUACAUACACAUUUAUCCUAUUUAAUAAGCUUUAAUACUAAAU